UAGUGCUAGGGCAAAUCCCAAAACGUGAACCCCUUUGGGUCCCCAGGACCAAGCUUGGGAAACGCUGGUAGGGUAAGGACGUCCCAAGAAUUCCGGAUAGCAGUAACCAUGUACAGCUCAGCUGCUACACCAAGAUAACCCAUACAGCCGCCUCCAGUAGAGGGCGACUACAACAACUCGUCUACAGAAUGCAACAUCCUUCAAAGUCAAAGAAGAGGUUACAGAAUUCGGGGAGGGGGGGGGCUGGUCCUUUUUUGUUCCGCUGGAUAAUCGUGCUUGGACGGUGAGCAGGAGCGUAACAGACCGAUAAGAAAGCAUAGCGCCACGGACAAUCUUUUUAGGCCAGGCAAAGAGCGUUCAACCCGGAGGAAAGAAGACCGACGCAAGGUAUCACACAAGAGCCGUUCAGCAGCGGUUCUUGUGUUAUCAGACAGGCAGCUUUUGUCGUUACAACUCUGUGUGUCUGGGGGUACUGGAGGGGUGGGGGUUUAGCGAGUACGGAGAAGACUACACGCCGAGAGGAGGGGGCUGGAAGUCUGCAACUCUUCCAGCCUGAAAGGGCCGGCGCUGUGACCAUAGAACCCUGGACAGUCUAGUGCCCGCGCGGUUAAGUGGAUGGGAUGGAGCCGGGACCGUCUGGCGCUGUGCCCAUGGGGCCCUUCCCCCCACCCCUGCAGCAGGUGUUCCAGGCACCCCGCCGGCCGGGCAUGGGCACGGUGGGCAAGCCCAUCAAGCUGCUGGCCAACUACUUUGAGGUGGAGAUCCCCAAGAUGGACGUGUUCCACUACGAGGUGGACAUCAAGCCUGACAAGUGCCCCCGACGGGUCAACAGGGAAGUGGUGGAAUACAUGGUGCAGCACUUCAAGCCCCAGCUCUUUGGCGACAGGAAGCCGGUGUACGACGGCAAGAAGAAUAUCUAUACGGUGCUAGCACUCCCUAUCGGAAGUGAGAAGGUGGACUUUGAGGUGACUAUCCCCGGGGAGGGGAAGGAUCGUAUCUUCAAGGUGUCUAUCCGCUUCCUGGCCACGGUGUCAUGGCGUCUGCUCCAGGAGACACUGGUCAGCGGGCGCCUGCAGGUUCCCCUGGACUCUGUCCAAGCCCUGGAUGUGGCCAUGCGCCACCUAGCCUCAAUGAGGUACACUCCGGUGGGACGAUCAUUCUUCUCCCCACCUGAAGGAUACUACCAUCCCCUGGGAGGGGGGAGAGAGGUGUGGUUUGGUUUCCACCAGUCUGUACGCCCCGCCAUGUGGAAAAUGAUGCUCAAUAUUGAUGUGUCUGCCACGGCCUUCUACAAAGCCCAGCCGGUGAUCGAGUUCAUGUGCGAAGUCCUGGACAUCCGCAACAUAGACGAGCAGCCCAAGACCCUGACCGACUCGCAGAGGGUCCGCUUCACCAAGGAGAUCAAAGGUGGGCCGUUGAACAGUGAUCGGUGGGCGUUACCAGGUCUGAAGGUGGAGGUGACCCACUGCGGUCAGAUGAAGAGGAAGUACCGCGUCUGCAACGUCACGCGACGCCCCGCCAGCCACCAGACAUUUCCCCUGCAGCUUGAGAGCGGACAGACAGUAGAAUGUACGGUGGCCCAGUACUUCAAGCAGAAGUACAAUCUGCAGCUCAAGUAUCCCCACCUGCCCUGCCUCCAGGUGGGGCAGGAGCAGAAGCACACCUACCUGCCCCUGGAGGUGUGUAACAUAGUAGCAGGGCAGCGCUGUAUCAAGAAACUGACAGAUAAUCAGACGUCCACUAUGAUCAAAGCCACGGCUCGCUCUGCACCUGACAGACAGGAGGAGAUCAGCCGGCUGAUGAAAAAUGCCAACUUUAACCUGGACCCGUACAUCCAGGAGUUUGGGAUCAAGGUGAAGGAUGAGAUGGCGGAGGUGACGGGAAGGGUGCUGCCUGCCCCUAUCCUACAGUAUGGAGGACGGAACCGGGCCAUCGCCACGCCCAACCAGGGGGUGUGGGACAUGAGGGGCAAGCAGUUCUACAACGGUAUUGAGAUCAAGGUGUGGGCCAUCGCCUGCUUCGCCCCCCAGAAACAGUGUCGGGAGGAGGUGCUCAAGAACUUCACAGACCAGCUGCGUAAGAUCUCCAAGGAUGCUGGGAUGCCCAUCCAGGGCCAGCCGUGUUUCUGUAAAUACGCCCAGGGAGCCGACAGUGUGGAGCCCAUGUUCAGGCACCUGAAGAACACCUACUCUGGACUGCAGCUCAUCAUCGUCAUCCUGCCUGGAAAGACCCCAGUCUACGCGGAGGUGAAGAGGGUGGGAGACACUCUCCUAGGAAUGGCCACUCAGUGUGUCCAGGUGAAGAACGUGGUGAAGACGUCCCCCCAGACCCUCUCCAACCUCUGCCUCAAGAUCAACGUCAAGCUGGGGGGAAUCAACAAUAUCCUGGUGCCCCACCAACGGUCAGCAGUGUUCCAGGAGCCUGUUAUCUUCCUGGGGGCCGAUGUAACACACCCCCCUGCUGGAGAUGGGAAGAAGCCCUCCAUUACCGCUGUGGUAGGCAGUAUGGACGCCCACCCCAGCAGGUACUGUGCCACAGUCCGGGUCCAGAGGCCCAGGCAGGAGAUUAUCGAAGACCUUUCUUACAUGGUGCGAGAGCUGCUGAUCCAGUUCUACAAGUCGACCCGCUUCAAGCCCACCAGGAUCAUCUUCUACAGGGACGGGGUGCCCGAGGGGCAGCUCCCGCAGAUACUCCACUACGAGCUUCUGGCCAUCAGGGAUGCGUGCAUCAAGCUGGAGAAGGACUACCAGCCUGGUAUCACCUACAUCGUGGUCCAGAAGCGCCACCACACACGCCUCUUCUGUGCCGACAAGUCUGAGAGAAUCGGGAAGAGUGGUAACAUUCCUGCAGGGACCACAGUGGACACCAGCAUCACUCACCCGUUUGAGUUUGACUUCUACCUUUGCAGUCACGCGGGUAUACAGGGGACUAGUCGGCCCUCUCAUUACUACGUCCUGUGGGACGACAAUCGUUUCACCGCCGACGAGCUGCAAAUCCUCACCUACCAGCUGUGCCACACCUACGUGCGCUGUACACGCUCCGUCUCCAUCCCCGCGCCAGCCUACUACGCCCGCCUCGUGGCCUUCCGUGCCCGCUACCAUCUGGUGGACAAGGAGCACGACAGUAGUGGGGAGGGAAGCCAUGUCUCUGGUCAGAGUAACGGUCGGGACCCCCAGGCUCUGGCGAAGGCGGUGCAGAUUCACCACGACACGCUGAGGACCAUGUACUUUGCCUGAGCACCACCCCACACCACCACCACUGUCCUUAAGACUCACCAUCCCUCGGUGAGGGGCCUGGGAGCCCACUGGAAGCCUUCCACCUCUCCUCCUCCCUCCAUGGUUGUGGCCACCCACACACUCCACACACCUCUCAUGACUGACCCACCCCAGUACCAGAACUAUACACCCCUCACCUGAUCAACCCAGGCAGACUCUGCAGCGUUCUGCACAACGGUUAUUAUCAUCAUUGUUGAUAUUAUUAAGUGUUUAUUUUUAUUUACUUUACCAGGACUGUGUGUUUUUAUGUUGCCUUUUUUUUUUUUUUUUUUUUUUUUUUAAGAGAAAAAAGGGUAUUAUUGUAUGCGACCUUCCACACUCCUAUGUAUGCAAUAUGGAGGGGAGGAAAACGGGCGCUGAGCUGCCCCGAGACUUUUGACUGCCACCACAAUGCUGCCUCUUACCUAAUCCGCACGGCGGAUGCCAGUGUUCUGUUCCAAGCCCCUGGUACAACAGGAGUCAUGGAACCCCCGGGCUGGGGAAGGGCGACAGAAAGGACACUUAUUAUCGUUUACAUUUUUUAUCAUGAACUCCAUUCUUAUGUUGCCGUUUAAAUUUUUUUAUGGCCUUGAGGCGUGCAACGGGGACGGACGGUACUUUAGCACUUAGAGAUUAGCAUGUAGUCAACGCCGCCCACCCUGCACCUAAUAUGAAGUGUCUGUGUGAGGCUAGCCCUCUGCUCUUAAUAGUGGAAAUAGAGCAGAGAUUGAAAGAGCAGGUGUAUUAUAUCGUAGAUACAUGAGACUUAAGUCCUUCACUGUAUCUGUGCAGGUUGGGGAGUCUCCUCUUAAAAUUAGCCAGUAGAGAGAGGCCAAUGUAGAAGUUAGAGGGACCAUUGUAUUGAGUUUAUUGAAUAUACUUGAAUAUACUCACACCCCAUGCACCUAAACCAGCAUUAUUAUUAUUAACCAGCCUAAUGUGAUGCCUACCAAUGGAAAAGGGGCACCUAUGUAAACAGGAAGAUAAUCUUUGUGUCAGAAUGCAUUGACUCUGCGAAAGCAAUUACGAGGCACUUUCUUUACCUGAUUGGUUUAUGUUACUUCAGAAUGGGGAGAUUUGUCUUCCCUCAGCCUUCACACACAGGUCUACACACACACCCCUACCUACCUACCUACAUAAUAGAUAUUCUCACACCUACAACCUCUCUAAGCUUGCUGAACCAAUAGAGUAACAGUAGCAAUACAAGGUCUGCAUCUUGUCUUUGUAGGUGUGAAAGCAGCAAAAAGACGUGGGCCAGAGAACACUGAAUGAAAAGUGUUUCUCCCUUCACUUUUAGCACUUGACCUUGGCUAUAUGAUCAUUCUACACAUUCUAGCUACACAUUCCAACCUAUGUCAAUGGGGACGAUGUACACACCAGUACACUAUGUUGACAUACGCACACAUAGCGCUUCUUUAAAAAAAAAAAAAGAAUUGUACAUAGCUUGUCCUACCUACAAA